UAUCAAUCCAGACCCUAAAACCUCAGGCUCACUCUCUCUCUAGCUCGCUCUCCGGCGGUUCCGCCGAAUUGUUUCAGCAUUCCCUCCGGCUUCAAUCAAUGGCCGAGAAUCUAAUCGUUCUCUCCGACGAAGACGCCGACUAUCCGAGUACUCCAAUUUCAUCCCGCCCCAAGAGGCUCCGCGCCACUCGAGCGGAGCUCGGGCUCGACCCAGCUCCUACCAUCUUCCUCAUGGACGAUGAUCCUUCUCCGUUAAAGCCGACGCCGAGUUCCUCAUAUGCUGCCACUGUUGUCCCAGAAACUCCGAUGUCUGAUGUGGCCGCCGCUGGCAGAUGCACGGUGGACCUAUCGGCUCCCGAAAUUAGGGUUCUUGAUUUCGGCAGCAAGACUUCUGGUGGUGCUAAUCCCAAUCAGAUGUCGUCAGGGGUAAACUCUUCUCAGUCAAUAUUGUUAGAAGAUGAGCAGGAAGAGAAGCUGCAAAAUGCAGAUCUGAGAGCUGAAACAGUUGAGUUGAAAAAGUUCGAGAGAGAGAAACGGAAAUGGGAGAAAGGGAAGUUGCCCCUAAUAGCAAUUGUUGCUCAAUUGGAUGCCAAAGUAUUGGAGCAGGCUUCAGUUGGAGGGCAUCUUCUGUCCAGGUUUGCUGAGAAAGGAUGCUGGGAGCUGACAGAAGAGUGGGCGAAAUAUGCUCAAAGCGAGUCUAUAGAAUAA